GCGAAAUUACCUACCUACAUUAUUGGAAUUGAUUGAUGUUGAUAGAAAAAUAUGGAAGAUAUUAGCGAUUUGGCUAGCACGUUAACCCAUGAUGAAAUCAUAGAAGUUACGAAGUCUACACUUUCUACAUUAAUAAUCUCAGAUCCUCUUCUUUCGGACCUUCCUCCUGACAUAGUGCUUGAAGAAGUUUUAGCACAGACAGCUGUGGAGCAUGGGCAGUCUAUAACUAUAUUCAUUUCAAGAGAUGACGAGCCAAUGCUGAAAGUUAUCGUACCCCAAAGUGCAACAGUGAGCGAUUUGAAAAAGGCAAUAGCAAGACAUUUUGAGCUUUAUCAGAAAAGGACCGGGAGCAAAGUGAAGGUGUCCUGGAAAUAUGUUUGGAGAACUUACGACCUCAACUUUGAGGGCAUUAUCUUAGAUGACAACUGUAGCAAAAUAGAUAACUAUGGAGUAACCAAUAAAGUUACAUUAACUUUCAAGAAAAGGAAAAAGAAACGGAAAAUAUAGCAUUUACAAUAAA